AUGCAUAGCAGAGAUGGUGAGCUGGGUGCUGUAUGCCAUGUGGCCAAUGCGGUGCACACAUGUAGCAACUGUGCUGCCAGCUGUGCAACGAAGGAGGAAGGGGCCACCGUUGCCUUCACGAUGAAUGUGACGACACAUAAAUACGCCGGCCCUUAUGAAUUGUGGUGGCGUCAAAUUUCUCCCGAUGGAACCAUCCAUCCGCCUGCACGGAGCAGCGAUGCUGACCAGACGGGCAUCUGUCAGUUGCCGCCACCCCGUGAAGGGAAGGAUGACACAAAAUCCUGCGGGACAACUGCGCCGCAAGUGAAUGCUGAGCCGUCACGUCAGAACGAGGGUGCACAACAGUCUGCCGCGGCUGACGCACCCAAUAACGUCGAUCCGAGUCCCGCAUCCAACACGGGGACCAACACGUCCGAGACGAAGCCUGAGUUUGCUUACGUUUAG